AUGGCCAAGAGUGCUCGCGCAAGCGAAACAAAGCGCAACCAUGCAAAGCUUCGAGCAACAGUCUUCGGGCCUGUUUCUGAUGCGCGGACAGCAAGACUUUCUGCAAAGCUGCAGGAGCUUGCCUCCCAGCCAAAGCCUCCACAAGAUGAGAAGAAGAUGAACCAGGAAGAUGCUAUUGAGACGGAUAAACCAGCAGGCGCCGAAAAGCCCGAAGCAAGUGAAGAGAUGGACAUUGACAAAGCAACCGGCGCAUCCACCAAAAACCGCUCUAAUAAAUCGGGGCGCAUUCAAAAACGCCACAAGAAGAACUCCAUUGUUUUCAAACCGAGUGCAUCCAAGGCGAGGGCACCGAGAAGAAAAUGA